CAUACUUUUAGUUUUCACUGUCCCAUGGUUCACGUCUACUAUGCAACGUCCUUUUCUGUAAACCUCUUAUGCCGUAAUAUAUUGAUAAAAACAAUAUUAUUUCAGCAGGUUUUAUUUUAUCAUGAAAUUAUAAAGUUCUUUUUUCGAUUGUUUUUAUAACCGAUUGAGUGGACGUUGCCAGGUUUGAUCCCGAUUGUAGGCACUACAACUUCUGUAGUAGAAAACUGGGUAUUACUAUAUUUUGAUUGUCUCCUGUUAUGUCGCGUUAAAUAAACACAGCCAGUGUCUGCGUCAUCCUUAACGGUGGGGAAAACAACACGGAUAACAAUAUUAGCCAGAAGUUUCAUGAAUUUUAUGUUCCAUGGUCUUAUUUAACUCUGUUUGGUGAUAUUAUAGAAAUAAAUACUAUAUCUAAAUAUCAGAUGAUUUUUGAUAGAUCAAAACUCUCUCAGUCCUAUACUUAGAACUAAAUCUCUGAAGUUAUAUACCUAACGUGAUGAAAUCUUCCUAUAAAUCAAAACAGCCAGUGAUUUCAUUUCACUUGUGAUUUCAUUUUAAAAGCAGCUCAUAUAAUUUUUUACAUUUUAAGAGUUUUCAAUUUUUCCAAUAUAUUGUAUUAAGAAGCACUACAUUUCACUGCGGGUUUUCACUAUAGUGUUCUUCAUUAAUUAAUAACCUUAUUGGCUGCUUGUUUGUAGUUAAACUUUUGUAAAAUAUUGCACAGUGUCUCCUUAGAGGUUAUAAACCGAAUCUGAUAAACCUUUUGUAAAGAAUAAUCUUCAGUUGACUUGUCUUUUCUAGUAACGUCCUAUUAAACUUGAAUGUUUCUUAACCACGUGCGGUAUAUGGCAAGAGCCAGUCUUAUAUUGUACAGUAUAUGUUACCUCUCGGGGGCGGCAUGGUGGUGCAGUGGUUAGCACUGUCGCCUCACACCUCUGGGACCCGGGUUCGAGUCUCCGCCUGGGUCACAUGUGUGCGGAGUUUGCAUGUUCUCCCCGUGUCGUCGUGGGGUUUCCUCCGGGUACUCCGGUUUCCCCCCACAGUCCAAAAACAUGCUGAGGCUAAUUGGAGUAGCUGAAUUGCCCGUAGGUGUGCAUGUGUGAGUGAAUGGUGUGUGAGUGUGCCCUGCGAUGGGCUGGCCCCCCAUCCUGGGUUGUUCCCUGCCUCGUGCCCAUUGAUUCCGGGAUAGGCUCCGGACCCCCCGCGACCCAAUAGGAUAAGCGGUUUGGAAAAUGGAUGGAUGGAUGGAUGUUACCUCUCCCCAAUAAUAACCGAGUUAAGUCCAAAUUGACUUAUUUCCUCACUUGCAGGACAAGUUCAUGGAAACGUGUAGUAAUGUGUUAAUUAUUGCUAAAUGGCACUAAGGAGAUGCUCUGUGUCUGUGAAAUAUGUACUGUUUGGUUUAUCAGUGGCCCAGAUGAGUGCUUUGGGUGUCCUUGCAGGGGUUGGUUUGGUGACACUGCGAAUCUGGCUGGCUGGGGGUGUGUGUCACAGUCGAGUCAGACUGGAGGGAAAGACCGUACUGAUCACUGGAGCCAACACUGGGAUUGGGAAGGAGACUGCGGUAGACCUGGCCCGAAGAGGGGCGAGGGUCAUCAUCGCUUGUAGGGACCUGUCGAGGGCCAAUAAGGCGGCUGCAGACAUCAGGCAGCGGAGUGGUAACGGCAACGUUGUGGUGAAACCUCUGGAUUUAGCGUCGCUUCAGUCGGUGCGUCAGCUUGCCAAGGACAUUCAGGAGAACGAGGGGAGGCUGGACAUCCUCAUUAAUAAUGCAGGUAUUAUGAUGUGUCCAAAAUGGAAAACUGAGGACGGCUUUGAGAUGCAGUUUGGUGUCAAUCACCUGGGCCAUUUCCUGCUAACCAACUGCCUUCUGGACUUGCUGAAGAAGUCGGCCCCAAGCCGCAUUGUUAAUGUCUCCAGCUUAGCUCACGAAAAAGGUCAGAUCCAUUUUGAUGACAUAAACCUGGACAAUGACUAUGAUCCCCUAAAGAGUUACCGCCAGAGCAAGUUGGCUAAUGUCCUCUUUAGCAGGGAACUGGCGGCUCGACUUAAAGGCACAGGGGUAACAGUGUACAGUCUACACCCUGGCGUGGUCCGCACUGAGCUGGGGAGACACCAGUUUCCUCUUAGCGCCCUGUGGAAGCAGAUCUUGAUCAUUCCCAUGUAUCUGCUGUUGAAGACCCCAUGGCAGGGAGCUCAGACCACCAUCUACUGUGCCGUGGAGGAGAGUAUCGGCAACGUCAGCGGUCUCUACUACAGCGACUGUGCCCCCAAAGAGGUUGCUCCGCAGGCCAAGGACGACCAGGCUGCCCGGAGGCUGUGGGACCUCAGCACUUCCAUUCUGGGGCUCUGAGGGAGAGCCCUUCUCUGCUGCUUCGGCUCUAGUACCAUGUGCAGUUUAGGGUUUGCUGUGGCCUCCUUUACUACUCUGGCUUGUUGAAGGACAUCAACUCACCUUUGUUCGUUCCAGCUGAACUCCUCGCUUAGGUAACUGUCACCAUGAUACGUCAGCGUUUUGUUAUGGUUAUUGAUCUGGGGUGUGUUUGUACUGAUCAGAAACGUUUUUGUAAAAUACAGUAAAAAUUAUGAUUAAAUGGCUCAUUUAUGCUAAUUAGAUUUUUUUACUUUACUAUUUAUGCUGUUCCUUAAACGGUGAGACUGUAACCUUUAUAACCUUUAUAAAUGAGCUGCUUGUUGUAGUCUUACCAUUUAAUUUGUAAUCAUUAAUGCCCAGUGGAUCUUCACAAAUUAACAGACUAGUGAGCAGGGACUAGUCUGAAUGGCUUAACUAAAUAUUCAUCUAUGUUCUUACCAGAUACACUGUAACAGUUUGCAUGUGUUUGAAUAAAGGUAUUUUCCAGUCAAA